GAACCCGGUGAUGAACUGCUGGUGAUGAUCAACAACAGCUCUGUCAAGCCUGGAAACAACUGCUUGCUAAAGAAAAGUCUCUGCGUCAGCCUUGAACUGAUUUAGGUGUUCGAAUAUCUGAACAUGGUCUGUGGCGGAUUUACCUGCUCUAAAAAUGCGCUUUGUUCCUUAAAUGUGGUUUACAUGCUGGUGGGGCUGCUGCUCAUCGGGGUGGCAGCAUGGGGAAAGGAGUUUGGCAUCGUGUCCAGCAUCCACAUUAUCGGAGGGGUAAUCGCUGUGGGAGUGUUCCUGCUUCUCAUCGCCAUCGUAGGACUCAUAGGGGCCAUCCACCACCACCAAGUGAUGCUCUUUUUCUACAUGGUCAUACUCUUCAUGGUCUUUCUUGUCCAGUUUGGGGUGUCCUGCUCCUGCCUGGCAAUGAACCAAGGACAACAGGAGAAGCUUCUGAGCUCCACCUGGGGCCUGCUGAACAACACGACCAAGGUAGACCUGGAGGGCCAGCUGGACUGCUGCGGGCUGCUCAACACCACCGCCAGCCGGGCCCAGUUUGAAAAAGACAUGGCCAACUGCACUGCUCCAUGCAAAGCCAGUAAAAACUGCUCGACCUGCGGAGACAUGAUGCUGCAACACGCCACGGAGGCCCUGAAGAUCCUGGGAGGGGUGGGGCUCUUCUUCAGCUUCACAGAGAUCCUGGGGGUGUGGCUGGCAGUGCGCUACAGGAACCAGAAGGACCCCAGAGCCAAUCCAAGCGCUUUCCUAUAGUCCAUCACACAAUGUAGUAGUGUAGACAGAUAACACUGGUACAUGUAGAUUUGUGCACCCCUGCAGACACUCAGGCACACCCCACGGACCAUGACCAUACACACACCUGACAGGAGAACACACACACACCUGACAGGAGAACACACACACGACCUGACCGGCACAGAGGGAAAACGUCGCCCUGAACUCGACAGCUUCACAAUAGAAUACAUCACAUGACCAUCAGCCCCAAGCUAAGGCCACUUUUAUACAGCUCAGAUUCAGCUAGAGCUUAACAGCUGGAAGUUCCAAAACUCAUGUAUGAUAGGAGGAACAGGUGUACCCACUUUUAAACCUCUGAGGUCCUGCCCCUAGCCUUGAUUUGAGUUUGUUAAUGGUUCUUUCGUAGUCAGUCUAACCUUGUGACCCCGUAUGUUCCUCUCCUGCAUGUGUCCUCUGCUGCACAGCCAGGCCUGAAUCCCUGAGCCCCCCACCCCACUAUGCAGAAUUUCAUACUCCAACAUUUAUGCACCUUUCUCUAGUUUUCACUUUGUCUCGACAACCCUGCUCCAAAUCAACUAUGAGUUCUUACCUUCUAAGUACUUGUGAUCAGCCCAGGGCACGUGUGAAACCAUGUUUUCAGUAUUGCGUAUUUUUGGGGACUUCUACGAAAAAGAAAAAAAUGGUGUGCAUGCUCGUGAUUUUUUUGCCAUAUUCCACAAAACUCAAAAAAACUUUUGGUUUCAUCUUAAGGGCAAAAAAAACAAUACAGCUAUGGCUAUUUUGAAAAUAUACAGAGCCAAACAUACUUGCCAGUAGGGAUUGCACUGAAACUCCUCAGAAUUCCUGCCACACUGCUGUGAAGCACCCAGUCUCCUGCCCUCCUGUCCACAAGUACUUAUAGUGGUGUGGCAUUGUUGUUGAUUCAGGAUAGAAAAUCAGUGUUCAAUGUUAAUAAUAAUGAACUUGGCCCUUUAGAGCAGUGCUAGGCUAGUGAUGUGUGGGUCUGUCUUAUGUACCCAUUGGUGUCAACUAUUAUACCCCAAGUCCUCCCUGUCUGAACUGCAGUGAGGUGGUGAUGCUGAUAUACACUUAAUGGUUGAUCUCAUUUGUGCUGAUGUAAGUGGAAAACAGGUAUACAUUGAAGAAGUGGUGAUGUAGUUUAUUCAGUGUUAGUAUUUCUGUUUGCCCAGAAUGCUGGGAUCUUAGUCAUUAGAUUUUAGAAAGGAUAAGUAGUUAAUGAGGUAGAACUAUUUAUAAACUUGUGUAACUGAGCCAACUUAAGUAAUUUUCACGUAUAGAUUACCAAUGGACCGCAGACUUAAUGUUGUUUAUUACAGUAACCUUUGUAAGUUCCUUAGAUCAUGAGAGAAUGAUUGAAUAGUUUCUCUUUGACCUUUGCCUUUAGUGAGGAUUUUAUAAUAAUCCACACACAUAAUCCGUUCUGAUUUAAAACUUUUCUGUUAUCUCAGUUGUGUCAGUGUGUUUAAGUACUAGUGAGUUGAAGAAACAUGGAUUUCAUCAGUUUGUUUUUUUCCUCAUUGUAGCCUGUUGUCACAUUAUGGCAAGACUCAGCCAUUCGUUAGUGUGUGUUUGGGUGCUUGAUUACUGUGUGAAAAUAGCUAUCGCAAACCUGCUGUAUGCAUUUUGUUAUCCUUUAUCAUGUUAACUCAGACUGUUUUAUCCAUUGUGUUCUCAAAGAUUGUUUUCCCUACUGUGUUAUGAUGUUGUUCAGUUGCCAUGUAAUUUUUGUUCAAUAGUGUUAAACAUGCUUUAAGUGUUUUGUGUUGUUUUUAAAAUGUAUUUUAACUGCUGGUAAUGCACAGCAAGCAUUAGGAUUUUGCAAUGUUUUUGAACCACAUUAAUAUUUCUCACUAGUAUUUUCAGUUUCUCCACAUUUUAGUUGAUUAACCUUUUCUAUUUAUUUAUUUCUUUUAUUGGUUUGGAUGUUCUUAACAGCUACGCUUACAGAUAAGUUGUGUAACUUUCCUGGCCUCCUUUCAGCUUGACCACUAACAUUGGUUGAAAUGUCAGUGCUUGUUUUACUUGAACCAGUUCUAACCAUGUUGAAUGGGUCUCCUGAUGCUGCUGUGGAGCUGAUUCUAAUGAUGAACCUCAUGUACUCCUUUGAACUGCUCACUGUACCCUUCCCUCUUGUGACAUUUUGAGACUUAAUUUUCCAAAAUAAAAACCACAUGAAUUGACAA